AUGCAGCUGUUGCUCCCGCUGCUCUUCCUGCCUCUGCUGACGGCCACGGAAACCACGCAGCCCACCAUGAUACAGGAUAGAUCGUGGCUGCAGCUGGAGGACUCCAGGAGCACCGUGGACUGGACCGGUGAUGGGAUCCUGAACGUCGUUGACAACGUGCUUCCUGUAUCGCGCACCUCUGAGGAUGGUAUUUACACGCGCAAGAAGAAGAAGCUGAAGCUGAACCGAUACCUCAUACCCCUGAUCGUUGGGUUCAUGCUAAUCAAAUCGAUCCUUUUGCCGAUCGCGCUGAAGACAUUAGCGAUUUUAAGCGGCAAGGCUGUUGUUCUGAGCCUGAUGAGCCUGAUACUCGCGGCUAUCGUUGGUCUAAAAAAGGUCGCGCAGAGUCAUUCCGGGGGCGGUUACGAGGUGGUCAACGUGCCCUACGGUAAAUACAGACGGCAGGACAUGCUCGAGAUGACGGAGGACACGCCGGAAUCGGAACCGUAUAAAUAUUAUGGAGAACGACGUAAAAGGAAGUAA